AUGGGCCAAAUGGAGAGCAAAGGUGGGUAUUUGGCAGAAGAUGUGUUGAUCGAGAUAUUGUCAAGAAUGUCUGUGAAAUCUCUGUUGCAAUCCAGUCCCGCUUUCAUUUCCGUUCAUUUACAACACAACAUCGAAAACAAGGACAAUGUCUGUCUGGUGGUAUACUAUCACAAUGAGCUUAGGGACAUGGGGGACAUCGUCUUGUUCACAGACAAAACGCUCACAGUGCCCACAAAUCAUGACAGGAACACCGAUAAAUGGGGCCCAUGGAUGGAUCCCAUACAUGUUGCUGUGUACACUUUAAGCAUAGAUUCAUGGAAAGAUUUCAAGGGUGAUGCUCCCGAUAGUCUACGUUUUUUGAUAGAUUAUUGCUUCGAUUCCUACUUGAAUGGUGUUUAUUACUGGUGGUCUAAAUCUGUACAUAGAAAGCUGGUUUCGUUUGACAUGGGGAAAGAGGAGUUCAAAGAGUUUCAAGGGCCACCUGACCUUCACCAAGACUCAGACUGCGAGAUUCUUACGUUGUACAAUGGCUCUAUUGCUCUGAUUUAUUCUCUUUCACGAGUGCCAAUAGAUGCUUGGGAAUCAGCUGAACAGUCAUCACUUGCCCUGUGGGUACUGAUGGAGGAGGAGGAGGGAUGUUGGAUCAAGUAA